CACUCACCCAUCGCACCAUGCGCCCGCUGCCAUCGUCAGGACCAACACUACAGCACUUCCUCCUCCGCGCAGAGCUGCUAAAGGCUUACCGCUCCGCUGUGCGGGCGACCCGGCCACUGCCUGAUUCCGCGACGCGGCGCGAGACGCUCGACUGGCUCCGCGGCGACAUUGAGCGGCUGCGACACGAGACGAGUUUGGACGCUCUCAAGUCCAACCUCAGCAGCUUUAACCGCAACCUCAAGGUCAUGAUCCCCAACGUCGCCCUCACGGGCGGCACGGAGACGGCCAAGCUCGUCGGCCGCGGCGGACGGCGCACCAUCUAGACAGACAGACGCAUAGAACUGGCAUGGGCUUCACUGUUGUAGGUAUGCAUGGGCUAUCAAUGUUCAACGCCACGCUCCGCGCCUAUUUCCCUUCUCGGCGCCGGUGGCGUUCCAGCUUGACGCUCAUCUCGUGGUGCUCGCCACAGCCAGCGAGCUGCGUUGGCGGCUCCAUCGCUGGUGCCUCGGUGGUAAAGUACGGUUUGCGGAGCGCUGCGUCGGCAAGCAGACGCUUGGCGGGGUCGAACGCAAGGAGGCCCUCCACAAGGUCCAACGCGUCCGGAGUGAGCCACUUGCCGAAAGCUGCGCGGAACCGCGAUGCCUGCGCCUCACGCGGCCGCAUGAGCUCAUACCAUGGUAGCUCGGAGAUCGUGGGCCACUGCGUAUCGUCGGGCGUGCCGAGGAUCGAGUAGAUCACAUCAAGCUGGUUGAUCUCGUCGGUGCCCUGGAACACAGGCUUCGUUGUGAAGAUCUCGAGCAUGAUGCACCCUGCCGACCACGUGUCGACCUCUGGCCCAUAGCACGUCUCGCCGAGGAGCAGCUCGGGCGAGCGGUACCACAGCGUGAUGACGCGGUUCGUGUAGUCGUCCCGCUUGUGCUUGUGGUAGAAGCGGGCGAGGCCAAAGUCGGCAAGCUUGAGCUCGCCGGCGCCGUUGAGCAGAAUGUUCGAUCCCUUCAUAUCGCGGUGAAGGAUGCCCCGUCGAUGCAGGUAUCCCAACCCUGAGAGCAUCUGGUAGUUGAGCGACUUGAUGUUGGCCGGCGAGAGCGACACCUCGGGGUGGGACAGGAUACCCGUGAGAUCGUGGUUCAUGUACUCGAGCACCAUGUACACCGAGCCUGCGGGACCAUCAUCUCGCGGAGACAAACCACAUUCGGGUGGUUUAGUGCCUGCAGCAGCUUGAUCUCGCGCAUCGACGUGAUUGGGAAGCCGUCCUUCUCCUGCUCCAUUCUGAUACGUUUGAGCGCGACCAGGGCGCCGUCGGCGUUGCUGCGUGCCUUGUACACCUUGCCGUAGGUGCCCUCGCCGACCUGUGCCAGACGCUCGUACGCCUCGCCGGGGACGACCUGAGUGUUUCUGCCAAGACCAAAGGCCAAUGACGGUCCGGCGGCCCCAGCAGUCGAUGGGGUUGACGGGUCCGUCGUGCGUGUCGCAACCUGCCCAUCCGUCCCCGCCGAUGGUAGCGAGCGAAGUGCUGCCGGCCCCGUCGGCGGCCCCUGUCCCUCAGUCCUCAGCGCCUGCGCAUGCAGAUGGCGCAGCUCCUCCUGGUCGUGCGACAGUUGCGUCCGUAAGGUCAACAGCUGUUGCACCUGGUCCAGCUCGUCGUUGCUUGGUGAGCGCCCAAAGUAGUGUACCAGAAAGUCCUUGAGAGCCGGAGAAGUGCCUUGUUCGUACCAUUGAGAGAACGCCGCCUUGAUGUAAGGCGCGAUCGAAUCCAAGUGGCGGUCGUACUGUCUCUCCUUGGUCUCCAUAGCGCUCAGGUAGUCGCCAGAACGUAAAAGCUCGCCAGAAGCAGGCUUGAUCGGGCUCCACUUGUCCGAGCGCCGAUGCGGGGCCUUGCGCGACUCGUCGUCGAUAUCCAUGUCAACCUCUGGCGUGUCCUCAUGGGAACGCUGCGACGGAGCCGAUGCUCCGUUCAAACGACCAGCCUCAGGAGUCGCAUUCCUGGCGAAUGCAGUCCGUGCCGAGAUCGACUUCCAGCCCCCCUUGGUAGGGCUAGCGUUCCGUGCUCGGGGGAAUGACGAGGGCGAAGGGCGGCCCCCGGAGUGACCGUUGGUGCCACUGGGCUCUGGACGGUUCACAGGCUCGGAGCGGCGGUCGGGGAAGCCAACGUCCCGCCUGUCGGUUGAAGCGGCGCCGACAUCCGCUCGCCGCCAGCCGAACCCGCCACCACGGCGGUCGUCUGCAGUUCCAAGGCGGUCGGCUCGUGGUCCCGUUGGCGGCGAGAGAACACGCUGGGAAGGAGGAGUAGGCGAGGGCGACGGGCGUCGUCGGACCCCACGAGGCGAAGGAGAUCUGCUCCGCGUAGAUUGGGAUGCCAGCUGUCGGCGUGGGGGAGGAGACUGGGAGCGGCGGGCAGCUGGCGCCGGUGACGGCGAGCGGCUCUGGCUAGGCGAGCGGCCUCGGCCCCACUGCCGCAUCUUGGCUGGACCAUCGUUCUCCUGCCCAAAGCGCCGGUUAUCAAACGACCGCUUCGAUUGGUCCCAGUCACGGUUGGCGCGGGGCUCCCGUGGAGGCUCGCGAACAGGCAGGUCGCGGUCACGGGCGGGCAGGUCGCGAUCACGAACAGAGAGGUCUCGGUCGCGGGCCGGGAGGUCCCUGUCUCGUGCAGGGAGGUCGCGGUCUCGCACAGGAAGAUCGCGGUCUCGCACAGGAAGAUCGCGGUCUCGCACAGGAAGAUCGCGGUCUCGCACAGGAAGAUCGCGGUCUCGUACAGGAAGA